AUGUUCAAAGCAUUUAUAGCAUUAUUGAUAUUGUUGGUUGUGUGUUGGGUAAUACAGCUACUACCGGUGAUAGCGGUCCCCUUUACGCCACCAGAUGCGAAUAUUUAUCUAUCAUAUUAUGACAAUUACAAAUUCGGAGUGUUUGGGAUAUGUAAUGUUGAACGACAUAUAUGUUCCAAACCAAGUAUAGGAUAUCCAUCUACCAAUAGCACCUUUUAUGCAUACGACAAUGAGGAUUCUUUUGGAACUGGCGGUAUUGUUUUGCCAUCAGAUGUACGAUAUACAAUUUCCAAAUUAUUAGUGGUCCAUGUUGUCGCCUUUUGUUUUUCGAGCUUGUUAUUAAUAGUUAUUUUUGGGUUGAUUACAAUAUUGUUUUUCAAAUAUAUUAAGACCAAAAAAGAACUAGAGGGUAUCCAACUCAGCGAUACUCUGCAUGAUACGACCAUACAAACCGAGGAAGAAGAAAACAACGACAAUGCAAAUAAUAAUAACCAGGGGGCAAGCUUAACGAUUAACAAAACAAUAUUUGAUUUAACUCCUUUUCUAAACCUAAUGUUGGUAUUUACUUUUUUUUCAGUGUUAACCACGUUGUUGGCAUUUUUGGCUGAUAUUUUAUUAUUCACUCCAAAUUUAUCGUACCUUGGAUGGUUACAGUUAAUACCGAUUGUGCUGAUGGCUUUGGUUACAUCAAUGUUGUGUUUCAUCAAACGUUCGAUAUCUUCAAGAAAGUUCUUUGAAAGUGAAUAUCGAUAUGCUAACGAUGAUAUGAGAAUAAUGAGGAAAACCUAUGUUGAUGAUUUUUGGAACGAUAAUGCCAGUGACGAUGGAUUUUAUGUUUACACAGAUGGAUUUUACACUAGAAAUGGAGAUGACGUCCAGCAACCUACUUCCAACACAGCUGGAUCACUACUAUCUGAACAUAACGAUGACAGCAUCGUAGCGCCAAGAGAUUUUAUCAGUAAUGAUGAUUCUAGACGUGGAAGCAGUCCACACGAGUUCAUAGAAUUACAAAAUUUACGACCAACAUAA